CAGUCGUCAGUGUGUCUUAAGCGGAUUUGGUCGACACGUGUGUGUGAGUGUGUGUGGCAACUUCUUCUUCUUAUACCUGCUGAACGUAAUCGGAGUCGUGUGGCAUCCUCUGGCAGCCAACAUUUCGCGUGAAUUUAACGCUUGGCCUAGGUCACGUAUCGCACCUGCUGGACCCUCACGCCAAGACUCACGCUCCUCACGCUGCUCACGCUACUCACGACACGGUUUUAAGAACUGUGUGUGCGACUAUGUGUGUGUGCCUGUGUGUGGUUGUGCGUGUUGACAUUCGAUUUGCUUGAUAAAAGCGAAGCAUUCUUUUUGGCAGAUCCACACGCUUAUGCGAGUGUGCGUGCGUGUGUGUGUUUCACUUCGGUCGAUAUUUGCAUAAAUUAAAAUUAAAAAAAAUAUACAAAAGAGAGCGCAUAAAAAAAAAACAUAGGAAAAACACUCAGAGUCUGCUUAAUGAGUUUUUAAUACGCUUUCACGUUUCCGUGUGUGUGUAGCUGAGUGUGUGGCUGUGUAGCUGUGUGCGUGUAUGUGGCACACGGAACUAAAAGUCAUUGUCACUGGAUUUGUGCCUGACGUCCCUGCUAAUUUAUAGAGCCCCAGCAACAGACUUUCGAACGUGGCCAAAGUGAGAAAAACUAAUUCAAAGUGAACUUCAGCCAAAGGCAAAAAAAGCAUCGAAAAAAAGUUCUGAUUUUUCUAGAGAGAGAGCCGCCGAUAAAAACAGCUCUAACGACACCCAGGCGAGUGUGUGGAAAAAAAAAGGAGCAGCGCAUUAGUCAGCAGAAAAGUCUUCAGCUCUUCAGAGGCCCGCACGUGACGCGGCCCUUUUUAUACACUUCAUCAAAAGCCAAGAGCGCAACUUGCGACCCGCCGUUCCAAUGUUGCCACAUCAUCAGCGCCAUAAAAUUGUGGCGCUUCUGGGCUUUGGCAUUCUACUGCUGAGCUGCUGCCUCGUGGCGCCCGGUGAGGCGCGUACGCGGGACAAGGAGGAGCGUCGCAGCCGUGGACGAGGCAGCAAUGCGGGCGCCUCCGCAUCCGCCUCAGCCGUGACUAGCAACAGCAAUGCCGGCGGCGGCUACUACACCAGCUCCUCGGCCUACGGCAGUAGUAGCAGCGGCGUCGGCUCGUUGACAGGCGCCACUGGCUAUAACGGACCCAUGGACAGCACCGGUUUCUGCAUGCGCCGUCGGGACAUGAAGCUCAUGUGCUAUUGCACGCCGGACGAAAAUCAUAUGCCCGUGCAGAAGGCCGAAUGCUGGGUGUUCUCGGAGGGAUUGCAUCAGAAUGACACGACCUGGACACGUUUCUACCAGCAGAAGCGUCUGCGCGAACUCAAGUUUGUUAUACAGAACAAUGCACGACUAGAUUACAUACCCACCAUGAUUAUUGAGCCGCUGAAGAAUCUCAGCAGCAUUGUCAUCGAGUACUCGCAGGUGGAGAUCGUCAAGAGCUAUGCAUUUGCCAAUCUGCCCUUCCUGGAGCGUAUCAUACUCAAUAACAAUCACAUCAUGGCCCUCGAUCAGGAUGCUUUUGCCAAUCACAUUCGGCUGCGCGAGCUGAAUCUCGAGCAGAACCAGAUCUUUGAGAUGGAUCGCUAUGCGUUCCGCAAUCUGCCGCUUUGCGAGCGACUCUUCCUCAACAACAACAAUAUCAGCACCUUGCACAAGGGUCUCUUUGCGGACAUGGCUCGUCUGACCUACUUGAACCUGGCCCACAAUCAGAUCAAUGUGCUCACCAGUGAGAUCUUCAGGGGAUUGGGAAACCUAAAUCUCCUCAAGUUGACGCACAACAAUCUCAAUUUCAUUGGCGACACGGUCUUUGCCGAGCUGUGGAGCCUCUCUGAGCUCGAACUGGACGAUAAUCGUAUUGAGCGCAUUUCGGAGCGUGCAUUGGACGGCCUGAACAAUUUGAAAACUUUGAAUUUGCGCAAUAAUUUGCUAAAGAAAAUCGACAAUGGCCUGCUGCGCGGAACACCCGCGCUCCUGUCAAUCAAUGUUCAGGCAAACAAAUUGGAAACUCUCACGUUCUACACAUUCCAGCCAAUUAUGGACAAUUUGGUCAACAGCACCAGCGAGCUGUUGGUCUCAGACAACAAAUUUAUUUGCGACUGUCGUCUGCAAUGGAUCUUUGAAUUGAAAAACCGGACACGUCAUCUGCAGCUGCGUGACUCGUUGGAGGAUAUCAUUUGUACGCUCCAGGACCCGAAGCUGAUGCAUUUCGUUGACCCGGUACCGUCGCACAUCCUGGACGUGCUCAACAUUGGCGGCUUCACGGCCAUCGGCAGCAACAGCGCAAGCAUGGGCGGCAUCGGCAAUAGCCUCGGCAGCAGCGUGAGCAGCAACUAUGCUAACCUGGAGGACCUGAGCAGCGGCGGCACUGGACUGGCCAUGAAGAAGCACCCCUCGGGCAAGUCGCGCCAGGCGCUGCGCGGCCAGCGUCAGUUCACGGAUGUCCUCGCCGAGAAUGUGGUCGAGUCGAAGCUCCGUGUGCGUCGCCAGCAGCCAGAACGUGUGGGCGUGGCAGCUGUUGCGCAGACCCAAAAACGUUACGACUAUUACGACGAGGCCAGUGGCGGGCAUGUAUCCGGCCUGGGCCUGGGACACGGCGGCUUGGACAUGGACGACAACCUGAAUCUGCAGAAGCAGAGCACCUUCUAUGGUGGCGCUGGGAUUGGCAGCAGCAGCAGCAGUGGCCAUGCCCUGGCCCACAAUGAUGUGGAGCAGCCAUUGACUGGCGAUGCAAUCGAAACUAUGGUCAGUAAGAACUCCAUCCAUGUGCGCCUGUUUUUGCUGAAGCCCGACAUGCUGCCCUGCCACGAUGAGCUUAGCGAUCCGACCGAACUGCCGUUGUCCCGUGAUCUAAUGGAUGUGCGCAGCAAUGCGGGCCAGGAUCUGCUCAUGAAUGGAGGUGCCGCCUAUCAGCUCAGGCUCAGCUACCUGCUGUUUGGCUUCGCUGCUGUCGUCAUCCUUUUGCUCAGCCAGGGUUGAGCUAAUGAGUUUUCAACCAAUGAGUUUUAAUUGUACAUACUCGUGAGCAGUCAUUUGGUCUAAACUAUCUAAACUAAAGUGGGAAGCGGCCAUAUGACACUUUCUUCAUAUGGAGUCGGUAGAACUUUUCGAAACGAGCUUCAAGAAAACAGAAAAACAAAAAGAAAAACAAACAUAAUACCCCUAAACUAAAGUCUUGUAAAUAUGUAAAAAUGGAAAUUCGAUAUUCGAUAUUAAUUCCAACCUAGCUGUUAGCUGUAGCAUUAGUCUCCACUUUGACAAACUUGAAGCAGCAGAAAAAAAAAUCCGACAAAGACAGGAGAAUUCAAAAACCAAAAACCGAAACCGAAAAACCAAUCAAAUUGAUGUCCACUCAAAAAUUUGUGUUUUCCAAAAUUAAAAAAAAAUUGCCAAUUAAUUAAAAUGUUGUCCUAAUAUCAGAAAAUAUUUUUGCUUUGAAAAGAAAUUUCUUAUUUAUACUAAAUAGAAGAAAUUUAUCUUAAAUCAAAAUAUUUUCUGAUAUUCAUUAAUUUUUUUUGAUAUGGUAAUUUUUUCAAACAUUUUUUGAGUGUACGCGAACAGCAGAACCUCCGAGCAAACUGGCGUUUCAUUAAAACUCAAAACUCAAACUGAAACCGAAACCAAAACCGAAAACCAAUAGUAAAAUACAAAUACAAAUACGCUGUACUACAUAGCUAUAGUUUUGACUAGCCAUAGAGCUUGCAAUUAUAUUUGAGAUUCGUUUAAUUGAGCAAGGUACACACUACAGUAAAAACUUGGAAAGCGCUAAACGUCUUAGGUACAGAGUCAAAAGCUAGGCCCCAAUACUAGAUACAAGCUGGGGUUCAGCUAAAAGUAAGGUCCAUCAGAGGCACGCCUGUAAAAUAAAUGCAGAAACUCACACACAUAGACAGCUAAACGUUCGAUUGAUAGACGGUAGAUACACACUCUAUAACUAAAAGAAGAACAAAAAAGGAAAUAUAAAUUAAAGUUUAAUAGAUUAGAGUAUAUGCUUAGUCGUCAGCCUGGUGCCGCUUCUGGAACCGGGCGCUCUCCUAGCAGUUAAGAUUGCUUUUUAGACAUAAGCCACAUACUCUCCUCUUCGACCAGCUACUUGAGAAAAGUCAUCUACAGCCUGCAACUAUUGCCACUGCAACUGUCGCCAAAUAUUUCCUCUUCAAGACCUCAGAGAAAUUCUCAUGCGAAUCGCUUAACUCUUACUUUUACUUUCGCCGCACACAACCAAAGAAAAUAACUGAAUAUAAAUUAUUCAAAUAAAAUCGCGAAUUUAAUACUCUCAUUUGAAUAGAUUCAAAUUUUAGCAGAUGGAAAAAUAAUAUGAAAAAACAGAAAGCAGAAAUAUGCAUAACGAUUUUUGUAGCUUAAGACUGAAUAAAUAAAGGUAAAUUAUGCUUAUACGCCAUAUAAACACAUACAUACACACAUACAGAUAUGUAUGUAUAUGUUCGUGUAUGUGCAUGUGUAUAUGUAUAUGUAUUGUAUUGUAUUGUACGUUUAAUUGUAUUGUAAUAAACGCAAGCUGGGGGAAAGGGUAAUGCAAUUUAUAUAGAGCACGCGAUUCGAGCAUCGAGAAAAUGAAAUCCAAAAUUCAUGCAUACAUGCACACACUCAUAAAUACAUAGAGAGUUAAUAUACAUAAGUGCAUAUUUGCAAUUUAUUUAAGCUCGUCGAUAAAUUUAUUGCCAAUUUAAUUAUGCACAAAAUAAGUAUAUAAUUUGCAUUUGCAAAAACCGAAACGCUGAAUCUUUACCACGUUUGAUUAAUGUCUGUAUUUUCAAGAACGAAAAUAAAAGUAAAUCAUAUGAUAAAUAAAAUAUAAAAACCAAUUGAGAAUUACAAGUAAGUGUAAAAACAGAAAAGUGAACUCAAAUAGAGCAGAAAUAAAACUCGAAAGCAUUAGAAGCAAGCAUAGUUUUUAGUGGACAAUCAAGCAGAUAAAUGAAGGAAUAGCGCAAAGCGAAAAGGAAAUAGAGAAAAGUGACAGAGAGAAAGUGGAAAAUUGGUCAAUCGCCAAAAAAGUGAAAAACUUUGACAGUUUAGCGGAGAAAAUUGAGCAGCACGCAAAGCAGAAAAGUAGCAAAAAACACACACUUCAGCUAAAAUUAAAUAAACAACAAACAAAAAAUAUAUAUAAACAGAAAAAAAAAGGAUUAAAAAUAUAAAGAAAAAUAAGUUUAAGCUAAAUGUAUUUAGAGUUUUCAUUAGAGCUAAGCGUAUCGGAAAGUUUAAUAAGCAUGCAAGAAAAUAAACCAAAUGCGCAACUUGAUUAACUUUUCCAGACGCAAACACCACAUUUUACUGGUGUUGUUUGCGUUCUCUAGAAGCGUUUUUUAACCAAAUUUAUUAUGUUCUCAAAAGUCUUCUAGUGUUACAUUAAACCUAAAGCUUUCAUUUGGUCUAAUUCGCAAUUGAACUUAAUGUCAAAUGGCCUGUAAAGAAAACUUGAUUAGUUUAGUGACUCGAAUCUAAUGCAUUAAAUGCUUUGUAUUUUGUAAUAAAUUAAACUUAAAUAUUAUUUGAUAUUUAGCAUUAAGCGUUCUUAACCAAAGAGUCUUGAGUUCCUGAUGCUUGCCAGUUUUGCUUUAAGUACGCUUUACUAUAUCUAUGUUCUAUCUUUCAGUUCGAAUAAUAUUAAUAAUAAUAUGAAUGGCACCGAGUAACGUAAUUUUAAUAUUUAACAAUUUAAUGUAGCUUACAUAAUUAUUUUAACUUAAAUGUACACAACAAACGAUACAGUGAAAUAUUUACCAGAAAAAUGCAUUGUAAAAGAAAUACAAAAAAAAAGAAAAAAAGAAAAGAAAAACGCAUAAUUAUAAAAAAAUAUAUACUUAUAUAAAUGUACUUGAUGUAAGAAAGUUUGCUAAAACGAUAAAAUGUCAAGAAAUUCCCCGAAAAACCCAAAAUAAAACGCGGCAAAUGUGGCGGUACCCGCGUGGGCGCAAUGAGGGCGUGGCGCAAUGGCGAAAAAAAAAAACGAAAAUAGCACCGACAAAAAACAAACAUUCCAACUGCAAUAUUUUGUUUAACAUUUUACCUAGAAAAAACAUCAAACAAAUCCUUGCGCUCAUUGUGCCCCACAUUUGCGUGACAAAAACAA